AUGGCGGGAUUCCCUCGACAAAAAGCCAGAACAUCUCGUUCGGGUCGUCGUCCUCCUCCAGCAUCCCCUGAAGAUGAAGAAGAAUCAACGUCGAACGCUCCGUUUCCCUACUAUAUCAAUCGUCGAAAACGUAAGAAGAAUAUAAAAUAUCUGAAGAAGAGGGCGGAAAAAAGGAAACUAGAAAUGGAAGAAAAAAGAAAGAAGAGAUUGAAGGCAGCGUUGUGGGCGAAGAAGCAUAGAAUACCAAGAGGAACGAUUUAUGUUAAAAGAUAUGUACACGGAGUACGCGUAACAGUGAAGAAGAGAAUGAGGAAGAAGAUGAGUAGAAAGUUGGCGAAGCACAUUCCAGGAGGACAAGUUCGGAGAUUCUUCGAAGAUGUUCAAGUUUUAUCACUGAAAAAGUAUCUGGCACUGAAGAAAGAAUACAAGAAGUUGAUCAAACAGGAGAAAGAACGACACCGUGAAGAAAUUGAAGCACCACCAGCUGAAGCCGAUGGCCCUCCAAUGGUUGUCGAGGAAGUUAUAAAUCCAGAGUUUGAUGUUCCUGAUAUAGAUAUGCCACCGGGUCCGGCGCCCCCACCUAAUAAUGAACCUUUCUUUGAUUUCCAAAUAUAA